AUGAUCGCCCACAAUAUUCUCGCUGCCUUUGUUGGUCUUGCAGUUGGCGCCCAGGCCGGCCCAUGCAAGCCUUCGUCAGCGACAACCACGACCGGCACUGCGUCCACCGAUUUCACUUCCAUCACUGGCAUCGCCACUUCUAGAGAGCCCACCACCACCACCACCACUGAAGCUGCUACUACUACCAUCAGCCCGGCCGAAUAUGUAUGCUUCAAGAACCCUGCUCCUGCUGGCAAGGCCUGUAAUGCCCAGGGCGGUGGCCAAGGAGACCUGCAAACAAUGGGCAACGCGGAUACAUUAACGCUAGCUUCCUGCCACAAGUCUUGUCAGGACAUGCCCGGGUGUAUUGCAUUUGCCCUGCAGCCUGGCUCAUGGUGCGCGUUGUGGGCUGGAACAUUCACGGGUACCAGUGGUGGUGAAUCGGCUUGGUCUUGGUAUGACAUGGACUGUUUCUGUGACGAGUCUUCAACCACCACAAAUAGCUUAUCUAUCGAACUGACAACUUCAUCUGUCGAACUCACUUCAACCACCGAGGCUGCUCCUGCUACAACCACUACCACUGCACCAGGCGAGUCCUGCGUUAACAAUGAGAGGAGCCCCGUCCCAUCCGACAAGGUCUGCAACAAACAUGGCAUCUACGACGGUACCGCCAUGGAGUUUCUGGGCAGUCCACCCGAUGUCAAAACGAUGGAGUCCUGCCGUACGGCUUGUCACGAUACUAGCGAAUGUACUUACUUUGCCUUCACUCCUGGUCAAUCUUGCUAUAUCUAUGGCGGCACCCUCGAGAGCGUAACUGAUCAACAGACGGACUAUAUUUGGUAUGACAUGGACUGCUUCUGCGACUUGGAAGAGCCAAACUACUGA